AUGUAUCGAAAAGAGCAAGAAACGCUUCGUCAAAUAGCAAAAGCAAGUGAUGCUAUUAGGAGGAAACAUCGUUUACUCAAAAUGGGUAAAGAGGCUGCAGAAACAGUAUUGAAAGAAACUUUUCAACCAAUAGUAACACCCCUGGAAAAGCUGGAAAAUGAUUUUUCUUUCUCAACUGCUGUUGAUGAGGAAGAGGAAUUUGAUAAAACUCUACUCAAUGACAGUCUAUUUGAUAAGAGCAACAAGAAAAGUUUUCUAGACUUGGUUUAUGGAGUACGUAAGCUUCCUAAUGGUUCUUUUAUUAUUGGUGAUACACCAGUUGAUUUAGAAGGUUCACAUAUUCAACUUGUUGGAAAGAAAAAAUAUUUAAAAACUGCUGGGUUGCUUGAACUUUUAUUUCGACAAGAACCUAAUCCUGCAUUAAUAAGUUCAGAUGAUUUGGAAAAUUAUAAAGAAAUUCUUGUAGCUACAAAUGCACACCGAAAAAAUUAUAGUUCCAGUGGACUUGUCAACGUAACCAGGAAUUCUAAAUACACUGAUGUCAUUUCAAAACUUUUUAAGGGUACACCAAAAAAGGGUAGAGGUAUUUUGAAGAAGAAGAAGAAGCAGCUUGGAAAGAAAUUACCUCAAUUUAUGAUUUCAAAGAAACAAUUUGAACCAGACUACAUCUAUUGGGAUGAUCCCAAUGAACUAGUUGACCGAUUACGUCUGCUAGUAGCAUCACAGCAAGCUGGUAAUAUAAGCCAUAAUAAUGAAAUUAUGUCAAUCAUCGAAGAACUACGUGAAGCUCGCAUUAUAUAUUAG